AUGAACCAGGUGGUCCUGCUUUCGGCAGCCGGCCCUGAGCGGUCGCAGGCGCUGCUCACUGCCCUUGGAGCAACCUCCACGGAGCCUGGCUCGUUUGAUCUUCGGCUGGACAACAAGUACUACUCGGCCACGCUGUCUGUGGUCAUGCUGGACUUGGCCGAUGUGGCCAGCGCUGCGAUGCGUCUGUCCGAAGUGGAGCUCGGCGAGUCGGCCGUGGUGAUUAUCGCCAUCGAUGAGACUCGGGAGGAAAGCAUCGCAACCGCCCUCGGCAUCCUGCGCGCUUAUCCCGACCCGGAUGCCGAAGACACGGAGCCGGAUGCCGAGGGUGAGGCGGACUCGCCUCCGCCCGGGCUUGCCCUUGGACCUCUGCUCCCCUCGCUGGCCGGGUUGUUCUCGGGGUCGGAGUUUACCCUCCUCGCCGGGACCCCCCCGGAGAUGGAGGACGCCAGCCCCAGCCCGGCGGCCACGGCCUUGGCUCAGGAAGCCCACCGUCUUUUGCUCGAGUUUGUCCCUUGGUUCAGCGCCUCGGCCGCCGGCCAUGAGAGCGAUCUGGAAGAGGAGGAGGCGUUCUUUGGCCGGGACUUCGGCCGCGACCGCCUGGUCAGCGCUCUGGAGUCCCAUGCCUGGCCGGAGAUGACCAUGAAACCGCGCCCGGCUCCCGGGUCCGCCAAUCGCGUCCAGGCCGAGGAGGCCCCCUCUAGCAGCGUCAUCGAUCGGCAAGAGACCACGCGCGUGAUGCGCACUCUGGCCUCGGCUCUUGCCAUGAAGGACUCCGGCAUGGCGAAUGACAGGAAACAGCGCGCGCACAUGAUUGAGCACAUCUCGAGCAUGAUGAUGCAGCACUUCCAUGAGUCGGAUUCCGACGAGGCAAACUGA